AAGUUAGUAGUCACACUAAUAACAUCUGCUUCCCUUUAUAAACCACAAAUCUCAUGCAUUUUCUCAGACACUUCACUAGCCAAGCACUCUUCUCUUCCUAAAAAAGAAAAGAAAAGAAAACCAUGGUUUCUGUUGAAACAGUUCAAGCAACAUCUAGAUCCAUUGAACCAACUUCCAGUCCAAGGAUCUCCUUCUCUGCUGAAUUCCUGGAUGACACAAACUUCAUCUCAAUCAGUCCAAACUCUCCUCGCCAAAGACCGGAAUUAGCAGCCGCAGAGGGCGAUCAGAAGGCGCGCAAUGCCGCGGAGUUUGAGUUCCUCUCGAGCAACCUGAGCAGCCACAACAUGAUAACUGCAGAUGAGCUCUUCUUUGAAGGGAAGCUCCUUCCCUUCUGGCAGAUGCAGCAUGCAGAGAAGCUCAACAAGAUCAGCCUCAAGAUGAAAAAUUCCGAGGAAGAUGAGGAGGGAGAGGAGGAGGGAGAGGCUAACAAGGAAGAGACUAAUAGUAGUAGAGUGAGUAGUUGGUUUGUUGAUGAUGACCCUUCUCCAAGGCCACCAAAGUGCACUGUUCUAUGGAAGGAGCUGCUGAGGCUGAAGAAGCAGCGCGCCUCGACGUUGUCGCCUUCUUCCUCGUCCUCAUCUUCGUCGUCCUCCGCCAGCUCGCUCGCUGACAUAGCCUCGGCGGAUGAAGGGCUCAAGGAAGGGUUGAGGCGUAGGGAGAAGCAUGUGAAGGGGGUGAGGAAAGGCUUGGAGAGGACGAGAUCAGCAACUAUUAGAAUAAGACCAAUGAUUAAUGUGCCAAUUUACACACACGUGAAGAGCAGCGCUGCAUUGCCACCUUUGUUCCCUUUGAAGAAAGGAAAAUUAGAGAGGUGAGGAGGGGGGAAAAUGGUGAUCUAGCUGAUGAAAACUUUGUUGGAUUUUCAGGGGUCUAAAUCUGUUCAU